UGUAGACAAAAUACUUCUGUAUUUGGGUACCCAAAUUCAGUUCUAGAGUCUCUAGAGAGUAUGUUAAACUCGUAUGUUAAUUAUAAUUAGGUACAUCCACCUCACCUAACUAAUAAUAUCUACGCAACUACUUAUUCAUCGUUAUCUAAGCCUAGGACCAAGAUGGUUAAUGUGUUAGUACCUACUUAGUACGAAAUAUUACUUAGUUCAGUCUACAAUACAAAAUCAAGAGCACCGCGCAUCGCAUGACCAGCUCGAUUAUUUAAAAUUCUGUGAAUAAAAAUUAUUGACGGUAAGCAAUAAAUAAAUAUGGAUACAGGGCCAAAGCAGAGAAGGCAAACAAAUCCACGUUAUAAAGCAAAUCUGUUUUCUGUAUUAACUUUUGGAUGGACUUUAGAGACGUUGAUGCUUGGAUAUAGUCGUGAUAUAAAGGAAAGAGACCUUUAUGCACCGUUACCCGAACAUCGGUCCGAUGUUUUAGGAGAUGCCAUGCAAUCUGCAUGGGAGCAGGAGGUUGAACACGCUGGUUUCCGAAAUAUAGGCCGAAAACCAAGUCUAAUGAACGUGCUGUGCAAGAUUUUCGGCUUCGAACUUAUGCUUUAUGGACUAAUUCUGGCUGCUAUGGAAUUCUUAAUUAGAUUGCAACAACCGUUAUUCCUCGGCCUAUUGCUCCGUUAUUAUAGUCCCGCCCAAGAUUUUUAUAACAGCACGACUGCUAACAACACGUAUUUUUCUCGCCUGUUCAAAUAUUACGACGCGUCGAGUGGCAUCACAUGGGGCGAGGCGGUGUUCUUCUCUUUUGGCAUCAUCUUCUGCAGUUUGGUGAACGUCAUGGUGCAACACCCGUUCAUGAUGGGGGCCAUGCAUUUAGGGAUGAAAAUGCGUGUUGGAGUUUGCAGUCUCAUUUAUAGAAAGGCUUUGAAAGUGAAUCUCCAAGCGAUGUCUGAAAACAGAGGUGGACUGGUGGUCAACUUGAUGGCCAAUGAUGUCAACCGCUUCGACUCCGGACCACUUUUCAUCCAUUACCUGUGGAUAGGGCCUGUGGAGACUUUGCUGAUGACCACAUAUUUGUAUCGAGAGAUGGGUAUGCCUGCCGUAUAUGGAGCGCUAAUGAUCGUAGCUGUUGUACCAUUUCAAAUAUUCCUGGGAACACGUACAGCCUACUACCGAAGAAAAACAGCUUCCAAAACAGAUGAAAGGGUCAGGUUGAUGGAAGAGAUAAUAAUGGGAAUUGAGGUCAUAAAAAUGUACACCUGGGAAAAACCUUUUAGGAAAAUCAUUGAUACUGUGAGAAGGCAAGAAGUUCAUUACAUAAAGAUGACAUCCUACAUACGCGGCGUGGUGAUGUCGUUCAUCAUGUUCACGGCACGGUUCAGCAUUUUCAUCACCGUCCUGCUUUAUGUGCUCUAUGUUAACCGCAUCACAGUAGAGAACGUGUUCUUUCUUACCUGUUACUACAAUAUUCUGAAACAGACUAUGACACUAUACUUUCCACAAGCUGUUGGACAAAUCGCCGAAUUGAAAGUUGCCGUGCAGAGAAUUAACGACUUCUUACUGAGUGAGGAGUGUCAACUUCCCCUUAGGACUCAGUCAGCUGAUUUACCACCAUCUCAAUACAAACCGAAGAAACGUGUUACUAUACCACUGAAUCCAGUACGCCCGCUUGUAAGACGUUCUCCUAGGACUGAUCCUAGUACUUCUUAUAUAAAAUCCCAGGAGAAAUCUAAAGGAUUGCGAAAAGAUCAAAUAGCCAUCAAAUUUGACGAGGCCUGUAGCCGCUGGAUCAAGUCAUUGGAUAAAGAUGAUGUCCAGGAUAUUACUCUUAUUAUCUAUGGUGGAUCGUUAACAACAAUCAUAGGAGCGGUAGGUUCAGGUAAAUCCACAUUGCUCCAAAUGAUGCUCAGUGAACUGCCAUGCUCAACUGGCAGUGUGGAAGUUUUGGGUAGCGUGAGUUAUGCCAGUCAAGACCCUUGGCUUUUUGUUGGAUCGGUCCGACAAAACAUUCUGUUUGGGCAGCCAUUUGUAAAGACACGGUAUAUGGAGGUGUGCAAAGUUUGUGCUCUCGAAAGGGACAUUUCAUUGUUUCCCCACGGAGACAAGACCAUUGUUGGAGAGCGAGGAGUAUCUCUCAGUGGAGGACAACGUGCUAGAAUUAACUUAGCACGAGCUGUAUAUAAAGAGGCCGACAUUUAUUUGCUAGAUGACCCAUUAUCAGCUGUGGAUACGCAAGUUGCAAGACAUAUAUUCGAAAAUUGCAUUAAAAGGUAUUUGGAGAAAAAAACAGUAGUUCUGGUGACGCACCAGCUACAAUUUAUAAGAUCAGUGGACCAAAUUGUAAUUGUGGAGAAAGGCAAAAUCAUCGCCGAAGGAGACUAUAAUGAUUUGAGCAAACGGGAGUUGGCAAUAAUCCAAUUAAUGCAAGACAAAUCACACGAAAUCCGUAAAGAAGAUGCCUCAUCUCCAAGCAAGUUAUUGCAAGGGACAAGCACUAUUAGUAUGAAACGGUCGCAUUGGUCUCAUUGGUCUAUGAUCUUCGACAUUACUGAUCAGAAGCAAGAACAAGAAACCCAAAUUGUAGGCAGAGUGAAGGGAUCAGUUUACAAGGAAUAUUUCUUGGCUGAUUCGGCUUGUGUUUUUGUGUCUCUUGUAUUUUCCAUGUUCGUUUUGGCGCAAUUUUUUGCGAGCGCAAGUGAUUAUUGGAUUAGUCGAUGGAGUCAUGCAGAAGAUCACUUAACUGGUGACAAAACCAUGGACAACCUUUUGUGGUCGCAGCAUGGUUUGAGACGAAAGGAUUUUGCGCUUAUAUUCGGCGUGUUGACCAUUGCAACGGUAGCCGUCGCGCUAAUCCGAGCUUUUCUGUUCUUCUCUUUGUGCAUGAAGUCUUCGAUAAAGCUACAUGACAAUAUGUUUGAGCGGAUAUCAUUUUCUCCAAUGAGCUUCUUCCACACGAACCCUUCCGGAAGGAUUCUAAAUCGUUUCAGCAAAGAUAUGGGAUCAGUCGACGAACUACUGCCUCAAGCUAUGUUGGAUUGUGUUCAGAUAAUGUUAAACUUAGCUGGUGUUCUCAUUGUUAUAUUGAUGACAGAGAUGGCUCUGCUGAUACCAAUAGUAGCGGCGCUUAUUAUAUUUUUCAUUUUUCGUGUAAUUUACAUCCGUACUACUGGUGCUAUAAAACGAUUGGAAGGAAUAACCCGAAGUCCUGUUUUUGGCCACGUAAACGCAACAAUACAGGGGUUGCCGACCAUUCGCUCUUUCGGAGCAGAACAACUCUUAGCCCACGAGUUCGAUCGUCAUCAGGACUUGCACAGUGCCGCGUGGUACCUUUUCAUCACUUGCAGUCGCGCUUUUGGCUAUUUCCUCGAUGUUAUCUGUCUGUUAUUCAUUAUAUGCGUGACCUUCAGCUGUUUAAUGAAGACUGACAUAGAAGGCAGUAAAGUAGGACUCAUAAUAACUCAAUCCAUAUCGCUCACUGGCAUCUUUCAAUGGGGAAUGCGACAAUCUGCCGAGAUGGAAAACCAGAUGACUAGCGUCGAAAGAGUUUUGGAGUACACUAAGUUGCCGCAAGAAUCAAAAUUAUCGGACACGGCAGAUGAAAAGCCGCCAGAAGACUGGCCAACUGAAGGCGCGAUCCAAUUUGAGCAUCUUAGCCUGAAAUAUUUACCCAGUGGCGACCAUGUUCUACAUGAUUUACAAUUCAACAUUCUACCUCAAGAAAAGAUUGGUAUUGUUGGAAGAACGGGUGCGGGCAAAUCAUCUAUAAUACAGGCGUUAUUCCGAUUGGCUUAUUUGGAAGGAACAAUCACGAUUGACGGUGUAGACAUUACGUCUAUUGGCUUGAAGUAUCUGCGGCAGAAGAUAUCCAUAAUACCUCAAGAACCCGUAUUAUUUAGUGGUUCUCUAAGGAAAAAUUUAGAUCCCUUUGAUGAGUAUGAAGAUGAAUUGUUACUCAGAGCCCUUGACAAAGUUGAACUUCUUUCAGAAGAGGAAGGUGUUGAGACCCUAUACAAACAAGUAUCAGACUGUGGGUCAAACUUCAGCGUGGGCGAACGUCAGCUAGUAUGCUUGGCGCGGGCCAUCGUGAACAAUGACAAGAUACUCCUGCUAGACGAAGCCACGGCCAACGUGGACGCACAGACAGACGCGCUCAUACAAACUGCUAUUAGGGAACACUUCAGGAAUUGUACCGUGCUCACUGUGGCUCAUAGGUUGAACACGGUCAUUGACUCUGACAAGAUUUUGGUGCUAGACGCGGGUAACUUAGUGGAAUUUGACCACCCGCACAUAUUGCUGCAGAACAAGAAGGGAUAUUUCCGUAAAAUGGUUGCCGAGACCGGCGCCGCCAUGUCGCAGUUGUUGCAUAAAGCUGCAGCAGAGAAUUACAAUAAAAUUAAACAAGGCGAAUAAUAUAAAACAAUAU